AUGGCAAAAACCUCGCAAACGAGGACCAUUCUAAUGCCACAAUUAUUUGGCCACAUCAACCAAAACUGCAGCAAUACACCGAAAUGCGUGAAACGCGGAGAAGUCCACCUGCCCAAAGACUAUAACAUCACCAAAGCAAUGCCUAAAGACAGCAUAAAAUGUGCAAACUGCCGCCAAACAGGACACCCAGCUAACUACAAAGGUUGCAUUUAUUACAAAAACGCAACCCUGAGCAAUCCAAGGUGGAGGUACAGCCAUCAUAUUAAAAAGAAACCUCAACUACGAAAAAAUUCACUUCCUAGAUCAGCUGCUAAUUCUAUAUUUGAGUUUACAAUAGUAAAAUCCCAACUUAAAAACAAUUCCCAACUAUAUAUAAUCAGCGCCUACGCUACCAAUUAUAAUAAAAGAUUAUUCUUGGACGAACUCAGUACCCUUCUGGACGGAAUUGGGGCCACAGAUCCAAAAAACUAUUGCCAAGACUCAAUAAACUACAAAGCUACCAUUUACCCACCAGUGUACCCCAUCUUCAAACCAAGUAAUUCCUAUCUAAAGAUAGCAUACUCAAGAAUCAACGUAUCCACCAUCAAGAACAAUAAGUUAAAAUGCCUGGAGUACGACAGCGAUCACAAUGCAAUCUCAAUGGAAAUAAGCAUUGAAGCAGAUUCUUUAGACAACCUAAUUUAUGAGACAUCACAUUAUAGACAUAGAUUCAAAUCAACACAAUGA